CUUCUUAGGUACCAAAGUCUAUAAAUCGCUUGGUUCCCCAACUUACACUCGGAUGCAAAGGUAAAAUGUUUGCCGACCUUCGAAAUGAUCUUUUUUUCCCAGACUUUUCAAGUUGUCCCGAUGAAAAUGACAUCUCACUUGACUUCUACACCUCGAGCGAUGGAUUUAGGUGGAUUCCAAAACACCAUUGGUGCCUGUUAGGCGAGAUUGUUGACGUGACUUACUUUCUAAGGUUACGCCUACUGGUUCGCGACAGGUCAGGUUUGGAAGUUCCUGUGGCUUUUUAUCCCGAUGCGCAAGAUCCAUUACUCGAUUACGGAUCUUUUCGGAAAGGUCAUACUCUUGCAAUACUCUAUGCCCAUCAACACGGGUUCCUUGACCUAUCGGUAGGAAUUCGACAAGAGACGAUGAGUGCUGUUAGAGUGAUCCCUUUCCCACUACAUCGCUUGUUAGCCUUGAGCGACACGUUGCAGACUAGAUCCGAAGCAAGCAAGAACAGCCCAGCUUGUCAUACCUGCCAAAAGGAAUCAAACGACCUCCUGAAAUGCUCACGAUGCGGCAUCACUUGGUACUGCAACAAGACAUGCCAACAAGCAGGUUGGAGAGAGAGAGGACAUAAGGAUGAAUGCGGGCUAUUAAGGAAUGAUACCGUGAAGGAAACCAUUCUCUUCGACUGGAAACAGUUUAAAGGCUUCGUACACUUUCCACUAUUCGCUUAGGCAUUGGAACAAACAUAUAAUUUCCCAACACAUUCUUCCAUCUAAGAUAUUUUUUCUUUUGAAAAAAAAAAAAAAAGUUCCCUAUGAAUUACGUUUACGAAGGUUGUAACGAAGCAGACGUGCGGCACAACCUUAUCAUAAUUUCUUCCCCGCUUUGUGCGAUUGGCCCCAUGACUACUACUCCACAGCCUGCUUCUGCG